UAGAGAGAAGAAAGUAAGAAAAUUAAAGUCAAGCACAUAACUCAUUAAAUUUUAGACACAUGAUAACGCCAUUACAUUUCAGUUCAUAAUAACUACGCUUAAAAAAACAUUGAUUCACGAGCACAAGAAGCGGGGAAAUAUUUCAAUUCUUGGUAGGUAGAGACUGUAGCUACUCAAGUCAAUCAAGACUUGAUUAACCACACGAUUAUCGUUGAUCUAUUGAUUAGGGUUUUCUAACAGAUUCAUUUCAACGCUAUUUCAAAACCAUGGCGAAAGCAAAGUUACGUUCACACGGGAAGAAAUUAUCGACGGUUACGCUGAUUUUCUGGACUCUUUUCAUGCUUACACUGGUCAUCAUCUUCCUCCUUGCGCUCGGAAUUGUUUAUCUUCCAAAUACAAGCGAUGAUUCUUCAACUACAGAUCUCAGUUCCUUCAGACGCAAAGCCUCUGAAAGCUUGGCGGAAAGGAAGGAGCAGUGGACUGAGAUUCUUUCUUGGGAGCCGAGAGCUUUUAUCUAUCACAAUUUUCUGUCUAAAGAAGAGUGUGAGUACAUGAUCAAUCUUGCCAAGCCUUUCAUGGAAAAAUCAAGUGUUGUUGAUAGCAAGACCGGAAAGAGUACAGAAAGCAGGGUUCGAACUAGUUCAGGAAUGUUUUUGAAGAGAGGAAAGGACAAAACUAUCCAGAAUAUUGAAAAAAGAAUUGCGGACUUUACCUUCAUACCAGUAGAGAAUGGAGAGGGACUUCAGGUUCUUCACUAUGGAGUUGGGGAGAAAUAUGAGCCUCAUUAUGAUUACUUCCUUGAUGAGUUCAACACUAAGAAUGGGGGCCAACGAGUUGCAACAGUUCUUAUGUAUCUGUCUGACGUUGAAGAAGGUGGUGAGACCGUAUUUCCUGCUGCUAAGGCCAACUUUAGUUCUGUGCCAUGGUGGAAUGAUUUAUCUGAAUGUGCUAGAAAGGGUCUAUCAGUGAAAGCAAAAAUGGGUGAUGCUCUGCUGUUUUGGAGCAUGAGGCCAGAUGCCACACUAGAUGCAUCUAGUUUACAUGGCGGUUGCCCGGUAAUUAAAGGAAAUAAAUGGUCUUCAACAAAGUGGAUGCAUCUUGAGGAGUACAAAGUUUAAGGCUUUGCCUGUGCAGGUACUUGUAGAGACUACGACGAGUUGAUUGUUCUACUAAAAUAUGGGUCAGAAUUUUAAUGAUCAUUUAUAAAAUAUUAAGUGAAAAGUUUGUGCCUAAUAUCUCAAUUCUCAGUUAUGUUUUGACUAGAUAUAUAGGAUUGAGCAGGAGGAUGGAUAUACUGGGGUUUAUUGUAUUCUGAUGAUUUUUAUUUUAGAAACUGCUUUAGGGAUAGGAGAAAAAGAACUUGGUAAGAUUGUUUGAGAACAUGUUUUUAAAGUGGAAAGGUAGCAGACAAUCACAUCGGUAGUGGAUUAUGUUGAUUGUAAUAGUGAUGGUGCCAUGUUGCAGUGGCGGUGAUGGUAUCCGCAUCGACGAUUUAAUUAGUCUUGUAAUCGAAAAUGAAUGUGUUGGGUGCUUCAUAGAAUCA